UUCCAUCUCAAGUAGAAAAUAUGAUGAAAUAGAGGAUAACCGGCAUUGGCUUGUUGGAGAAAUAAACAAUUGAAGAAAAAAUAAGAGAAUCAGUGACAGAUUUAAAUAAUGUACCCUCUUGAACAGUCAAAUAGCUCUCCACUUUUUUGUAAGGAUCAAUCUGAACGGAGUGAAACGUGUGAAAUUUUCUUCACGCCGUCAAUUGCUCGAGUUCGUGAAUUAAGAGAUGAAGAGUUGUCAUCUAUUCCUGAAUCCUUUCCACACACUGUGCCAAAAGAGAGACUGUGUCCAAGAAAUAUAUGUGAGAUGGAUGAAAGUGAUAGUUCGAGGUAAAAAACACUAUGCAUCAAUUCACAAGCAAGAUCGCAGAGUGUUUGUAUUUAAAAACACCCAAAACAACGCCUUGUAUAUUCCUUAUGAGUUCAAAUUCAGUGAUAAUGUAAGUCAAUUCAAGGUGAAAAAUUUGAAAGGAGGAUUUCAGAGACGUCCAGAAUUGUUAGCACAGGGUGAUGGGAUCAUGAGCGACAGGGUACAUGCUGAGUCAGCCUUGAGGCAUACCAGGACAAAGAGCAUUCAGUCGGAACUAGUUAUGUCAGCCUGGGGGAUUCUGGAGACAUUUACCUCGGAAGCUGAAAGAAAAGCUUCAAAUGUUUCACAGUCUGAGAACCAUAAGUUUGUCUUAGACAUUGGAUGUGGAGAUGGACACAGUACCGUGCCGUUGAUGUCUAUGGCAGGUCCUGGUGUGUGUGUUGGUGUUGAUGUAAAUGAGGGUAGCCUCGUGAACUGUCGACAAAAUAUCCAGCGCACAAGAACAACUUUCUACACCUAUCAAAAACCUGUGUGUGAAGCUGGGGGCAGAGCUACCGCCGGUUCUACCAACUAUUUCCACAGCCGCUCCGCCAAUGGAGAAAACAUGACGUCAUGUAGUAGUUGUGAUUCUUUACGACUAUCAAACUCUGCUGUGUCUGGACCUAAGGGUAUCACUGCAUGUAUCUAUUGUGGCAAGAGUGCGUCAAGACCGUCUGCUGCAGACGUUGUUCGAUACGAUAUCAAACAUGGCCUUCCCUUUCGCUCAGACUUGUUUGACAUUGCUGUGAGCAUCUCUUUCCUCCAGUGGUUGUUUUACGGAGACAGACAUAAGCAACUAGAUUUGUUUUUCUCAUCGUUGCGGAGAGUGCUCAGGCCAAAUGGGAAAGCUGUGAUACAAUUCUACCCUCGAAGUGCCAGGCAACUUUCGGACGCUGUCGACCAUGCGUCUGCACAUUUCCGUGGUGCUCUCAUCGGGGACUAUCCUCACCUGAACAGAGGGCGGAAACUUUUUCUAUUGCUGUUUCCCACGAGUGAUGCAUUAUGACACAAACGGAGAUAAAAAAAAUAUGUGAAUGUAUUUCUUAGUUUUACACUUUUAGCUUGUUUAUAAUGAUGAUGAUAAUGAUAGAAGUAGAUUGGAAAAAGACUGACCGUGCUCUGCUGUCUGUCAACCAUUUACAGGGCCUGGCUCACCCCGGACAAACCACCACGACCUUUAGAGCUAGAUUUAAUCAUCACAGAUACUCGGUACAUUUGUACAGGUCAGAAACGGAUCUCCCAGCAGUGAUGGGUACCUGACUUCGAGUUGGGGAGUAAAUGCGGCGUGUGGAAAGGAACUGGCCACCUACCACAAUACAUGUAUAUGUAUGUCGAAGGCCCAUGAAGUUGUCUCAAGCUAACAAGGCAGUCCCCAAUGUCCGGGUCAGAUGCGGGAACAACUUCUACUC